AUAUACGUUUGGUAUCAGCGAUUUCAUUUAUUAUUAUCCAUAUCUAUGUGUAAUACAAAUUAUAUUAAAAAAAAUAAUAAUUCCAAAGUGUAUUUUAAUUAUGCAAUCUUAUCAUUUUAAAGAAGUCAACCGUCAGAAAUUACUCUCGUAGUAUCGUUCUAUCAAAUUACUGUAAAUAAAUUAUAAAGUAUUUUAUAUAUAAUAGAACUAACUGUGAUAUAAUAGAAUCAAGUGAAUUAAUCAUGAGAACUCAAGAAGACAAACAAAUUCAAGAGAAAUUUAUUUUACAAGCUCUAGAUGAACUUGGACAAAGCUCACAGCUUCUUUGGAUUGUUUUAUUCGCUAGCAUCUUAGUGUCAUUGAUAAACGGAUUAAAUACCAUGUCUUAUAUAUUCAUUGCUGAGGUACCCAAUUAUUGGUGCGCUAUUCCGGAGCUUACAAAUGCAAAUUGGACAGACGAACAAAUUAAAAAUAUUUCUAUAAUAAAUGGAUGUCAAAAGUAUGAUUAUAAUUACACGUAUCUCGCGAGCUUGGGAUAUGAAGAAGCCACGAAUUAUGUCAAAAAUAGUGAAUUUAAUACCAGUGUUGUUUCUUGUUCAUCGUUUGUAUUUGAUAAAAGUGGAAGGUCGACGAUUGUCAAUGAAUGGCAAUUGGUCUGCGAUAGAAAAGUGCAUCGAGCAAAUACAUUUCUUGUAUUUGCAUUUGGAAAACUUGUCGGUGAUGGAACUUUGGGAGCAGUUGCAGAUAAAUUUGGAAGAAAAAGAGCAUUAAUUAUUGGAUUAUUGUUACAAACUAUUGCGGUUUCAUCAUGUGCAUUAGUUCCAUGGCUUUGGGCUUAUAUUAUUUUACGAUUUAUUUUAGGAAUAAGCGUUAGCUCUAUGUAUUCAUCAGCGUACACAAUUCUGUCGGAAAUUACCAAAAGUCACAGAAAAAACCUAUUCGGCGCCAUUAUUGAUUCAAUGUUUCCAAUUGGUUCUUUAGUUCUUACAAGUAUAGCUUUUUUUUUAUUAAAUUGGCGACAUUUGCAAUUAGUCCUAUCAUCUUUUACUGUUGCAUUAAUAAUUCUGAUUUGGUUUGUGCCAGAGUCACCACGGUGGUUAAUAUCACAAAAUCGUCAUGAUGAAGCCCAGAAAAUAAUCGAGACAUAUUAUAAAGCUAUUAAUCCACCUACUCUUAUUAUAGAAAGCCCAACACUGACAUUAUUACCAUUAGAAAAAUCUAUAACGAAAAUAAAUCCAAAGAAAGGGUUAAAAAGAUAUUUUGGAAACUUGACAAUUUUAUUUUCAGAUCCAAUAUUAAGAAAAAAAAUUUUUAGCAUGUAUUAUGUAUUCUCUGUUACUUUUUCACUUUAUUACUACCUUGUUUUCAAUAUUGAUCUUUUUGAAACUAAUCGCUAUGUAUAUUCAGCAAUAGGAGCAAUUUUUGAGCUAAUGUCACUUUUGUCAGUUCCAAUAAUUUUGUCAAAAUUAAGUUGCCAAAAAGCAAGUGCUGUACUUCUCAUUAUUGCGUCAAUAUGUAUACUAUCGUCCAUAGCAAUCCCGGAAGGCAAAAUAAAUAUAAUUAUGGGAAUGACAAUGAUAUCAAAAUUUUUUAUAACAGCAUGUUUUACUAUCAUCUUUUUAUAUUGCUUAGAAUCAUUCCCCCCAGGCGUUAGAAAUUCGGCAUUUGGAACAAAUUUACUCAUGGGACAAAUUGGAUCAAUGACAGCACCAUACAUUGUCGAUUUACUUGGCCAAGUUUCCUGGUGGGUACCCCCUGCACUUUGUGCUACUUUAUCAUUUACAACAGGACUUUUUAUUUUUACAAUACCCAAAAAUGAAAUAAAUGACGAAAAUAAUAUCAACACUGAAGAGGAAAUACCACUGAAGAAUAGAAUUUAA